CUUGAGUCAACUUUCCUCGAAAGUCGAAAGAGACUGAUCUACUAUAUAUACCAAACACACGGCUUCCUUUCUUCAAGAUUUUCUCUUUUAUCUUUUUCCAAUUUUCCCCAAUUCGAUUUUCCUCUUUGGUUUUCGUAAUUUAUUUUCCAAGUUGAAUACUCACUUUACACAGGGUAUAAGAAGUAGGGCAAGAAAUGUUAGAGCAGUUACUGAUCUUCACCAGAGGGGGGUUGAUCCUCUGGACAUGUAAAGAGCUUGGAAACGCUCUAAGAGGAUCACCAAUUGACACCUUAAUUCGAUCCUGCCUUUUGGAGGAACGAUCUGGUGCAGCUUCAUACAACUAUGAUGUACCUGGGGUUUCAUAUACUCUCAAAUGGACAUUCCACAAUGAGCUCGGCCUUGUGUUUGUUGCUGUGUAUCAAAAGAUUCUCCAUCUUUUAUACGUGGAUGACCUUCUUGCUAUGGUGAAACGAGAGUUCUCUGAAAUCUAUGAUCCCAAAAGAACAGCGUAUGAUGAUUUUGAUGAAACAUUUAGACAACUCAGGAAGGAAGCAGAAGCACGUGUUGAAGAGAUGAAGAAAUCGAAGCAGGUGGUGAGUAAGCAAGUAAGUAAUUUAGGGAAAAAGCAAGGGCAAAUGCAAAAAUCUGGAUUUGAAGGAGGUAAUAAAAAAAAGAGUGGUGGUGGGGAGUCUGGUAAAGAUGGUUCUGAUGGGGAUAAUGUAAAAACUGUUACAAUGGAAAAUGGUCAUUCCAAUGGGGAAAUAGAGAGUAGGGGUAGAGUCAAUGGUAAAGAAAAUGGUGAUAGUAAUACUAAUGGAGGGGCGUUUGAUGUAAAUAAGUUACAGAAGCUUCGUUCUAAAGGUGGGAAGAAAACUAAUAACCCUGUUGUUAACAAGGUUUCCAAAGAGGAACCAAAGAAAAAACCUGCAAAAAAGAAUAGAGUUUGGGAUGAUUCACCCAAAGAAACCAAGUUGGAUUUCACAGAUCCUGGGAGUGAAAAUGGUGAUAGUUUCAUGGCUGUUCAACAAGUUGUUGAAGGUGAGAGUAUGAUGGACAAAGAUGAGAUUGUCAGCAGUGACAGUGAAAGUGAAGAAGAUGAUGAUGAAGCAGAGACAGAUAAGAAAGUUGAUUCAAAGAAGAAAGGAUGGUUUUCAUCCAUGUUCCAAAGCAUUGCUGGGAAGGCAAAUUUGGAGAAGGCAGAUCUUGAACCAGCUUUGAAGGCUCUAAAAGACAGACUUAUGACCAAGAAUGUGGCUGAAGAGAUUGCUGAGAAACUUUGCGAGUCUGUAGCCGUCAGCCUGGUGGGGAAAAAGCUUGCUUCUUUUACAAGGGUAUCAUCAACAGUGCAGGCUGCAAUGGAAGAUGCUCUUGUUCGCAUCUUGACUCCAAGGCGUUCUAUUGACAUUCUGAGGGAUGUUCAUGUUUCCAAGGAACAAAGGAAACCAUAUGUUGUAGUGUUUGUUGGAGUCAACGGAGUUGGAAAGUCAACCAAUCUUGCCAAGGUGGCUUACUGGCUUCAACAGCAUGACAUCAAUGUAAUGAUGGCUGCAUGUGACACUUUCCGUUCAGGGGCAGUUGAACAGCUUCGCACUCAUGCCCGUAGGCUCCAGAUCCCUAUAUUUGAAAAGGGGUACGAGAAAGACCCUGCAAUUGUUGCUAAAGAAGCAAUUCAGGAAGCUACACGGAAUGGAUCAGAUGUUGUUCUUGUUGACACAGCUGGUCGGAUGCAGGACAAUGAACCUUUGAUGCGUGCGCUAUCGAAGCUUAUAUAUGUGAACAGUCCGGAUUUGGUGCUUUUUGUGGGGGAAGCACUGGUGGGGAAUGAUGCGGUGGAUCAACUCUCCAAGUUUAAUCAGAAACUAGCUGACCUGUCACCCUCACCUACCCCCAGGUUGAUCGAUGGGAUCUUGCUUACAAAGUUUGAUACCAUAGAUGAUAAGGUUGGAGCUGCACUAUCGAUGGUUUACAUAUCGGGAGCACCUGUGAUGUUUGUAGGGUGUGGACAGUCUUAUACAGACCUCAAAAAGCUCAAUGUUAAGUCCAUUGUCAAGACCCUGCUUAAAUGAAUCAACUCACUUGUGUGAUGUGUCUGCUGCUUUGUCUAAUCUUUACUUUUGCUUUCCGUGUGUUUAAACAAACAGCUUUGUGAUUUCGACUUGGUUUUGAUGUUUUCUGGUUGGUUUGUUUUAUUUGCCUUGGGUUGUUGUGAAAUUAUUUUUCUUUAUGUGCAAAAUCAGUUUUUUUCUUUCUCA